AUGGUGGACUUCAAGCUCAAGGUCCCUGCGUCCAGUGCCAACAUCGGACCUGGUUUCGACGUUUUGGGAAUCGGUCUCAACCUUUUUUUGGAGGUUCAGGUCACCGUGUAUCCUUCGCUAGACACCUCAGACGAUAAGCACCACGCUAAAUUAAGCUAUGAAGGAGAUGCUGCUGAGAAUGUGCCUCUUCAGAGUGAAAAGAACUUGAUCACCCAAACAGCCUUGUAUGUUAUGCGCUGCAACGGCAUCUCCAACUUCCCACAGGGCACAAAAAUCCACGUUAUCAACCCUAUUCCGCUCGGUAGAGGUUUGGGUUCUUCUGGUGCUGCUAUUGUGGGAGGUGUCAUGUUAGGUAAUGAGAUUGGAAAGCUCAACUUGUCUAAGGAAAGAAUGCUCGACUACUGUUUGCUAAUAGAAAGACACCCCGACAAUAUCGCAGCUGCCAUGCUUGGUGGUUUCGUGGGUUCGUACUUAAACCAGCUUAACGAAGCUGAGACAGAGGCCAAGAACGUUCCUCUUGAAAACAUCUUGCCUAAGGCCUCCACGCCUGAGUCCUCUUACGAAACUAGAGAACCUCCAAAGGAUAUCGGGCAGUACAUCAAGUACAACUGGAACAAAAAGAUCCGUUGUGUCACCAUCAUUCCUUUAUUCGAAGUCAAGACCGACGACGCCCGUGCAGUUCUCCCACAGCUGUACGUAAAGGAGGACAUUGUGUUCAACUUGCAAAGAUUGGCUGUCUUGACUACUGCAUUGACUCUUCCAGAGCCAGACCAUAAACUCAUUUACGAGGCCAUGAGAGAUAAAAUUCACCAGCCUUACCGUGCACAGCUCAUUCCUGGUCUCGAGCAUGUCUUGAAUGAACUCACUCCACAGACUAACCCCGGUCUUUGUGGAAUCUGCCUUUCUGGAGCUGGUCCUACCAUCUUGUGCUUGGCUACUGACAACUAUGAGCAAAUUGCCGAACAGGUGAUUGGCAUUUUCAAGGCGAGCGGCGUCGAGUGUAAGUGGAAAUUGCUUGAUCUCGCUUAUGACGGUGCCAUUGUGGAGCACAAAUAG